UUCUCUUGACCUCUCCACGUCCCAACUCCUCUAUUUCCGGAACACCUCUCCCACCCUCGCGGCAAAACCAGAACCAGUGAGAGAGAGAGAGAGAGAGAGAGAGAGAGAGAGGCGACGGUUCCCGGACGCCAACGAUCACCGUGAAGUUUCCCGGGGUUUUCUCCACCCCUCGCUCGCCACCUGCAAUCCCUACUCCCGGCCACCCCCCUUGGUGCAACCGGCCAUGGUGAUGAUCGCCGCCGGCGCCAUUCCCUCGAGCGCAACCACCAACAACCCCAUCGUCUCCGGCCCGACGAGGCGGCGGCUGCCGGAAUUCACUGAUCCGGAGAGGACCGUCGCGGACGACGAGGAAGACGAGGACGCCGACGCCCACGAUCACGAUCACGCGCCGGCUGCAGGACCCAUAGGCGCACUGAAGCGUACCGUCUCGCGGAGGCUGCUGCUUAGGCAUGGCAAGGGCGGCGGGGGGAGAUGGGGGAGUAUUAACGUCUGGAUGAGGCUGCUGCCGCUGGUUCUCCUCCUGGUCCUGGCUGCCACCGUGCUCUUAGGCACUGCACGCGUCGGUGUUUCCCAUGAGAGGAAGGACGUGGUGGUGCAGAUCGGCAACGUUCGUGACGAGUGGUCGAGUUGGACGCUGGAGAACACGACCAGGAUAAAGAGAAGGCCAAAUCCUCCGAUUCCUGAGAUAUGGAUGAAUCCAAACAACAAUGGUUACGAACAAUGCAUAUCUCGUCCAAAGGGUGACUGCAGUAAGUUUCGCAAUGCCGAUGAAUUCAAAGACAUAUUUGAUGUGAAGCAUUUCAAGGAAGCUCUCAAAGGUGACAUCGUGGUGGUCGACUCCCUCCCACGACAGUACGCCAAGAUCAAGCCGCUUCAGAGAGCUCCCAUCUCGUGGUCUAAGGUUUCCUACUUCAGAAGCUUUGGUAAUAUUUUGAGCAGGCGCAAGGUGAUAGAGUUCACGCACACCGACUCGCGCCUCGCGAACAAUGGCCUCCCGCCUUCCAUUCAGAGACUCCGCUGCCGUGCCACCUACCAAGCACUUCGAUACACACGAGACAUCGAACGGAUAGGACGGAGACUUGUUGACAGGUUGAGGAAUGGCAGCAAUCACUACAUCGCACUCCAUCUAAGGCAAGCUCUAAACAGCGUUUACGUCGACGUCGACGUCGACUUCGUCUUCGUCUUCGUUCGGACACACAACUUAGAAUGA